GAAUUUCACAACGAGUGUUUUCGCUGGUAGACAGCAAUUGCGCAAUAAGUCUUUUGAAGCAGCCAUUUUUAGGAACGAUCAUUUGCGCAGCGUGAAUUAACAGCCAUGCUUUGGGAACAGAAUGACGAACCGAAUAAGUCGGCGUUCGAGAAACUGAAGGAUGAAUGCUGCUACGAUAUUCUGCGCCGGUUGCCACUAGAUGACUUGUGUGCCCUCAGUAGUACCUGUACUCGAUUGCACAGUUUGUGCGGCCAACAGUUUCAAGAAGAAUAUCCAUCGAAGGUCAUGCGCAUUGAAUCGAUUCAAGAAGACGGCACAUGGGUAAAAGAGCCACGCGAUGAAAUGUACAUCAAGUGUUUUGACAAAAGCAUCCGAAAUGUGAUCCUGAACGGUGAUGGCCUGGAAACAAAGUUAGACUUGGUCAAUGAAUUCUACAAGGGCGAAGAGAUGGAGGGUGUUGUGAAGGAAAUCCACUUCAACGAUUGGCGCAGAUUGGAUGGUGCUGGUAUCAAACUUGUCGACAUGUUGAAAUCCGCUGAGACCAUCACCAUCGAUUAUGCUGCCAUCGUCGAGGAUCCGUACGAUGGCAUUUUCAAGUAUGCACCAAAUCUGAAACACUUGAGAGUUCGAUAUUUGAAUUUCACAGGCACCGACUGGUUGCAACAACGAUACGCCAAACUUGAAAGCCUCGAGUGGCAUUCACCUUCGCAGCGUCCAGAUGCUGACAAAAUAAAAUCAUUGCUCGACACCAACCCAAACAUUCGACGAUUCUCACUACUUUGCACAAAUGUGGAUGACAUCGUUCAAUUGAUGGCAAAGAAUGUGAAAAUUGACGAACUAAUCCUGCAUUUAAGUAGAAGUCCAAGUGGAGAUGCAUUAACUGCUGAUGGCAUCCAGUUCAAUUAUACGAUGAAUAUUCUGAUGAAGUUGGUCGCUGCUCAAAAUGUGAACUUGCAUCUGGUGGUUUCCAAAGCUGAUAUCAUUUCGCAACUGGCAUUCCUUCAUUCAAACCUAGUCGGUCUCCAUUUCAACGUUUCCAUUGACGAGGUGCUUACCACAAUGUAUACAUUCAAAAAUCUCCAGUUUUUGCGGAUCGCAGCAUCACAUUUACCGUUUGCACACACCGAUUUGAUUGCAAAGAUGCCCAACUUGACUGAAUUGUACAUCGACGAAAUUUCAUACUUCAAUUUCCAAAAAUUUCGUUGCAAUAUGUUGGCUGCUGUUCGCCAAUUGGUGAAACUAACGAAAAUCUUUCUCAAUGGUUCCACAGACCAACUCACCAAGAUCAAUUUAUUGGCAUUGAACCGGCAACGCAUGGAACUUCAUGGCGCUGCCCAUUUGAAGAUCUACAUCCAUUCAAAGGAUUUUUUCGCUAGUUUCCCGGUCAAGUUCGUUGAAUUCAAAAUGAUCGAAAUUAUUGCAGCUGAAUCUGAACCGUCCAACUAUCCUUUUUUUCAUGUUUGGGCAUAA